AUGCCCAAUGUCGUGGAACUGCUUGACAAAAUCCGAAAAGUAUUGCGCUUCCUGGUUGAGUGCUUAUCAUCAUGGAUUGCAAUGGGAAGACGGGACGAUCCCGUCAUGGUGAAACGCCUGAUUACCAUGGCUGUAACUGGUGUGGAAAAGAAGGACGCCAAUAAGGCCCUCGUAUACGUCAAGGGACAUGAAAAACGUGAAUGGUUGGUGAAUAUACUCAAUAGCGGUGACUUGACCGUUGAGACUCUGGAUGCCGAUUACGAAGAUAUAGAUUCAUUACAUAAUCUAGAUGUUACUAAUACUAUGCGAUGUGGAAAACAUGUUAAGAAUUGUGCUUUACAAAAUGUAUUUAAAAUAUACAACUGGUGGUCGCAACGUCAAAAGGAUUUGUAUCAAGUCUAA